AUGGGUGUUCUCGACAUAGUUCGAGGCCGUGACAACACUGCGAUGUUGUCAGAUCUAGGAACGGAGGAGCAGAGACCGAAGGAGAGCUCGCCGGAGAACUCGCCGGAGAACCCAGAGAACUCUGGCAGUGACUCCGACCGCAAGAGCCUAGAAGCGCAGAAUGAAAAGGAAAUCGAGUUGCACCCUAACCAGGUCACUGCGGGUGCCCAUCUAGGUAUCCAGAGGGCUGAAGCCGCCGCCUUGGUAUGGAGCAAGAAAGCACUCGUUGGUACUUAUGCUUGGAUCUGGGUAUGUUUCUUCAUGUUGGCAUUUCAAUCCUCCAUCGGCAGCAUCGCCCAACAAACGGCCUAUGCCAAAUUUCAAAAUGCCCCUGCAGUCAGCACAGCCAACAUCCUGGCUACCGUCAUCGGUGGUGUACUUAAGCUACCUAUCGCCAAAACCCUGAAUCUCUGGGGCCGUGCUGAAGGGCUAUGUGCUUCCGUUGUGGUCUACAUUCUAGGCAUUAUUAUUCUGGCAGCUUGCAAUGGCCCUUCGUCGUACGCAGCAGGCUAUGUUAUCUUCUGGAUUGGCUAUGACUGUAUAUAUCUUAUUUUGCAGGUUUUCUUGGCCGAUACAUCUGGUCUGCGAAACCGUGCCUUUGCCUUUGCCUUUGCGAAUACCCCUUUCAUCUGCACUGCCUUCACUGGCCCGUUGGCGGGGCAAAAUUUCAUCGACAACACUGGUGGGUGGCGCUGGGCGUAUGGCGCUUUUUGCAUUAUCAUGCCGUUUGUCUUCCUUCCUCUGGCCGUGGUCUUUAAAUACUACGAGAAGAAGGCACGGAAAAUGGGCCUGUUCAAUCCUCCCCAAAGUAAUCGGUCCUUCUUACAGUCUAUCGUGCAUUACUGGCAUCAGUUUGAUGUGGUUGGUGCCUUGUUAUUAAUGGCUGGCUGGAUCCUUCUUCUCCUGCCCUUCAGUUUAACCAGCGCUGGACGAGCAGAAUACAGUAGUGCUACCUUUAUCGCCAUGAUUAUAGUCGGAUUCUUCACUUUGCUACUUUUUGCUGUCUGGGAGAAAUUCGUCGCACGCGAGCGUUUCAUCAACUAUGAAUUGCUCAAGAAGUUCACUGUUUUGGGCGCCUGCAUAAACUUUGCAGUGAUCUAUUUCAGUUUCUACAGCUGGGAUUUGUAUUUUCUCAAUUUCUGCACCGUUGUGUAUAAUCUCGAGCAGGGAAUGGCGGGCUACAUGAUGCAGAUCUACAACGUGGGCUCUUGCUUCUGGGGUGUGGUCGUCGGGCUCUGGAUGCGCUUCACCAAGGAGUUCAAAUACACUACUCUGUGCUUUGGUCUUCCUAUUCUGAUUCUGGGUGCUGGCUUGAUGAUCAAGUUCCGCGGGGACGGUGGAACAGACGAUAUUGGCUACUUGAUAAUGUGCCAGAUCUUCGUCGCUUUCGGAGGUGGCACCAUGGUUAUCGGCAGUGAAAUGGCCGUCAUGGCUUCUGCCGAUCGUGAAGGUGUGCCCAUGAUGCUGUCUGUCCUUGGCCUAUUCAGUAACUUGGGUGGUGCUAUGGGAAGUGCUGUGCAGUCCGCUAUCUACAACAAUGUCUUCGUCGAGGCCCUGCAGAGAGCACUGCCGGAAAGCGAGAAGGCCCAAGCCAUGCAAAUCUCUCUUGAUGGCUAUUUGGUACAGAAAUUGUACCCUCUUGGCUCCGACAAACGUAACGCGGUCAAUUAUGCCUGGGGCUACAGUCAAAAGUACGGGGCUAUUGCUGCUACUGCAAUUCUGGUACUUUCCGUCCCUUGCAUUGCAGUCUGGAAUAACUACCGCCUCAACAAGAAGCAGAACAAGGGAACGUGGACGGGGCUUGUUCUGGGAAGUUCGCCGACGGCGUUCUCAACACAUGUCCCCGAUGUCCUUCAAUCCAUCGAUCCGCUUAUCGGAUCCAACAGUGGGGGCAACGUCUUUGCGGGCGCAAGUCGUCCUUACGGGAUGGCAAAACCGGUUGCCGACGUUGAUGGGCAGAAUACAGGUGGGUUUUCCACAGAUGGAAGCAAGGUCACCGGAUUUUCGACGCUUCAUGACUCCGGCACCGGCGGGAAUCCCUCACUGGGCAACUUCCCCUUUUUCCCACAAUACUGUCCCGAAGAUGAAAUCAAUAACUGCAAGUUUCCCAAGGCGACACGAGCGGUUCACUAUAUAAAUGAUUCGGUUGUGGCUCGACCAGGGUACUUUGCCCUGUCGUUGGAAAAUGGGAUUCGGGCGGAAAUGACAUCUACAGAACACGCAGCACUCUAUAAGUUCACUUUCCCUGUUGCUACCGCGACAAAUGGCAGUCAACUAAGUCCGUUGAUCCUUAUGGACUUGACAGACCUCUGGGACAGUCGACAAAAUGCGUCAAUCAGUGUAGACGUUGAGGCUAGUCGAAUUAAAGCAAAUGGCACUUUCUUACCCAGUUUCGGCGCCGGGUCUUACAUAUCCUACGUGUGCGCAGACUUCGUUGGGGCAAUGGUUCAUGACGGUGGGAUCUGGGUCAAUAACCGGGCAGGAACUGAACGUACUGAGUUGUACGUCACUCGAGGGUUCAACAACUUCUAUCUUCAGGCUGGUGGUUUUGUCCAAUUCCAGCGGCCUGAGAAUGGGACCAUCAACGUCCGAGUCGGCGCGAGCUUUAUUAGCACAGAUAAGGCCUGUAAAAAUGCUCAAACGGAGAUUCCUCAUCCACUUGAUGACUUUGAAGAUAUCCAGCGCGGCACAGAAGUUGCUUGGAGGGAAAAGCUCAGUCCUAUAUCCAUAAAGGAAGGAGGUGUGCAGAACGACCUGCUCACUAGUUUCUGGAGCGGCGUGUACCGAACCAUGCUUGAUCCGCAGGAUCUAACAGGUGAAAAUCCACUAUGGGAGAGCGACGAGCCAUAUUUUGAUUCCUUUUAUUGCUUGCUUGAUACGUAUAAGCAUGAAAAUUGGCUUCCAGACUGCCGUAUGAGUCUCUGCAAAGGGUGGACACAGGGAGGCUCGAAUGCAGAUGUCGUCCUGGCCGACGCAUUCGUUAAAAACCUAACUGGGAUCGACUGGAACUUAGCGUACGAAGCUAUGGUCAACGAUGCCGAAAAUGAGCCUCUGGAAUGGUCAUACGAGGGCAGAGGUGGCCUACAAAGUUGGAAACGCCUGAAUUAUAUCCCAUACCUGGAUUUCGACUAUCUGGGGUUUGGCACCAAUUCGCGUAGCAUUUCGCGAACGCUGGAGUAUUCGUACAAUGAUUUCUGUCUAUCGACUGUAGGAAAGAGUCUUCACAAAGAUGACUAUAGCAAAUAUCUCGCCAGAGCCCACAACUGGCAGAACAUUUACAAAACCGACCAGAUCUCCUCCAUCAAUGGCACCGACACUGGAUUUGUCGGCUUCUUCCAGCCAAAGUACUUGAACGGAACGUGGGGAUACCAAGAUCCAAUUGCCUGCAGCGCCCUUGCAUCUUGGUGCUCGCUCACAAGUAAUCCCUCAGAAACUUUCGAGUCCAGCGUCUGGGAAUACCAAUUUUACGUCCCCCAUGACAUGGCAGCCCUAAUCGACCUCCUCGGAGGCCCAGAUACUUUCGUAUCUCGCCUUGACUUCUUCCAUACCUCUGGUCUAGCAGACAUGGGCAACGAGCCCGUGUUUCUCACUGUCUUCCAAUACCACUAUGCCGGGAGACCCGCACUAUCGGUUCACCGCGCACAUAGCUACAUACCCUCCCGGUUCAACUCUUCCCAUUCGGGUCUGCCCGGGAACGAUGACUCCGGCGCCAUGGGCGCCUUUGCUGUCUUCUCCAUGAUGGGUCUUUUCCCGAACCCAGGGCAGAACGUAUAUCUUAUUAUCGCGCCUUUUUUCGAGGCUGUGAGUAUCACCCAUCCGGUGACGAAGAAGGCUGCCACGAUCCGAAAUGUCAACUUCGAUCCCUCAUAUCGGAAUAUCUAUAUCCAGAGUGCGACGCUGAAUGGUCGGCCCUACUCGAAAAACUGGAUUGGCCAUGAGUUCUUUACCGAGGGUAUGACGCUGGAAUUAACCUUGGGUGAUACCGAGAGUGACUGGGGUCGUGGAAAGGAUGAUCUACCUCCUAGUUUGAGCUCCACGGUGCACAGAGAAAGUAUAACAUGGUCUUAG